AGGCAGGAGCGCGCGGCCGCGAAAACGCAGCCGGAAUCUGGCGACGGUUUUCCUGAAGCGGUUCCUCAUUCCUCUCCUCUUAUUCACCUUUCCUUCACGGAAAUUCACCUGACCCUUUCGAUACAUUUGUUAUAUACUUGUUUUCGUUGUGGCGCUUAGUUCGCACCGGGUCUCCCCGCAGGAUGUCGAGCCGCGAAGAGGAGCGCAGGAAACUGGCGGAGAUCAUUAACCACUGGAAUGCCAACCGGCUGGACCUGUUCGAAAUCAGCCAACCAACCGAGGAUCUAGAGUUCCAUGGUGUGAUGAGAUUUUAUUUUCAAGACAAAAUAGCAGGGAACUUUGCAACAAAAUGCAUCAGAGUGUCCAGCACUGCUACAACACAAGAUGUCAUAGAGACUCUUGCAGAGAAGUUCCGACCAGACAUGCGUAUGCUGUCCUCUCCUAGAUACUCACUUUAUGAGGUGCAUGUUAGUGGCGAGGAACGUAAACUUGACCAGGAUGAAAAACCUUUGGUUGUACAAUUAAACUGGAACAAGGAUGAUAGGGAGGGAAGAUUUGUUUUGAAAAAUGAAAAUGCCUUCCUCCCACCAAAGAAGUCUCAGAGUAAUGGUCCAGAAAAGGAGAAGGAAGGUGUGAUCCAGAACUUUAAAAGGACACUCUCAAAGAAGGAAAAGAAAGAGAAAAAGAGACGAGAAAAGGAAGCACUAAUGCAAACUGUAGAUGAUGAUAGACCUAAUCCCAGUGGUGAUGGUGAGAACUCAAGUUCACAUCUUGCAGCAGAGGUAUACAAGGACAUGCCAGAGACUAGCUUCACCCGUACAAUAUCUAACCCUGAGGUAGUUAUGAAACGAAGACGACAACAAAAGUUAGAACAAAGAAUGCAAGAAUUUCGUAGUGGUGAUGGACGGCCUGAUUCAGGUGGAACCCUUAGGAUCUAUGCAGAUAGUUUAAAGCCAAAUAUACCAUACAAGACCAUCUUGUUGUCAACAACGGAUACAUCAGACUUUGCUGUUGCAGAAGCCCUUGACAAAUAUGGACUGGAAAAGGAAAACCCAAAGGAAUAUUGUAUUGCACGGGUAGUAUUGCCACCUGGUGCACAACAUUCUGAUGAUAAAGGUGCUAAAGAGACUCUACUUGAUGAUGAUGAAUGUCCACUCCAGAUUUUCAGAGAUUGGCCAAGUGACAAAGGUACUUUAGUUUUCCAGUUAAAGAAACGACCACCUGACUAUAUCCCAAAGAAUACAAGGAAACAAGAUGGGAGGUUAUCAAAAGGAAAAGAAAGAAAUGAUAAUUCAAGCUAUGGUUCGUCAUUGCCUCCUGAGAAACUGCCAUACCUUGUUGAACUGAGUCCUGAUGGUUCAGAUUCCAGAGAUAAACCAAAACUGUAUCGUUUACAACUGAAUGUAACGGAUGUUGGCACUGAAAAGUCGGAUGAGAACUCCAUACAGCUUUUUGGUCCAGGAAUUCAACCUCAUCAUUGCGAUCUUACUAACAUGGAUGGUAUAGUAACAGUUACCCCUCGCAGCUUUGAUGCUGAAACAUAUGUUGAUGGCCAGCACAUUACUGAGACCAUCAUGUUGCAAAGUGGCAUGAACAUACAAUUUGGGUCAUCACAUGUGUUCAAGUUUGUGGAUCCUACUCAGAAUCAUAUGAGCAAGAAACCCAUGGAUGUAGGACCCAUGGUCAAGGGCCAGAGAAUUAAAUCUGGGCAAGGGUCCCGAAGUGUCCAAGAAACAACAUUUGAUCUCGAUGGAGACAUUCACAGUGGUGUACCAUUAACAACAAGCAAAAGUUCAGAUAGAUUGGAUAGUGAACACACUGCUUCAAGUUCCAGUUCGAGUGAACGUAAUGUGGUGAAGCCAAUUAUCAGAGUGGAACAACAAGACUACUACAAACAAGAGAUCAGACCACAAGAUGUACAAGGUCACGAGCUGACUCUGCCAGCAACUAUAGAGUUCCGCGAAAGCUCUGAAGAUGCCUUCCUAUCUGCCGUUGUUAACUAUACUAAUAGUUCUACUGUCCAUUUCAAGCUGUCUCCUACAUAUGUACUGUAUAUGACAUGCCGAUAUGUCCUGUCCAGCCAGUACCGACCUGAUAUGAGCCCUUCUGAACGUACUCAUAAAGUUAUUGCAAUAGUUAACAAGAUGGUUAGCAUGAUGGAAGGAGUUAUUCAGGAUAUAGCACAGUAUGAACAGAAACAGAAGAAUAUUGCAGGUGCACUUGCCUUCUGGAUGGCAAAUGCAUCAGAACUUCUCAACUUCAUCAAACAGGACAGAGAUCUGAGUCGGAUCACUCUCGAUGCACAGGAUGUUUUGGCUCAUUUGGUGCAAAUGGCUUUCAAAUACUUGGUACACUGUCUUCAAUCUGAUCUCAACAAUUAUAUGCCAGCAUUUCUUGAAGAUCCUGAGGAAGCAAGCCCACAAAGACCCAAAAUAGAUGAUGUCUUGCACACACUGACAGGAGCAAUGUCUUUACUGCGUCGUUGCCGUGUGAAUGCUGCUCUCACUAUCCAGCUAUUCUCUCAGCUUUUUCAUUUUAUUAACAUGUGGCUAUUCAAUAAACUGGUCACUGAGCCAGACUCGUGCCUCUGUUCUCACUAUUGGGGAGCUAUCAUCCGACAGCAGCUUGGUCACAUUGAAGCCUGGGCUGAGAAACAAGGCUUGGAACUGGCUGCAGACUGUCAUCUUAGCAGAAUAGUACAGGCAACUACAUUGUUAACGAUGGAUAAAUAUUUGGCAGAAGACGUUUCAAACAUUAACAACACUUGUUUUAAGUUGAAUUCAUUGCAGCUGCAAGCGCUGCUUCAGAGUUAUCACUGUGCACAGGAUGAGCCCUACAUCCCUCAGGAGUUGAUUGAAAACGUAGUGGCAUUAGCAGAGAACACAGCUGAUGAACUUGCUCGCAGCGAUGGUAGGGAAGUGCAAUUGGAAGAGGACCCUGACCUACAGCUACCUUUUCUAUUACCUGAAGAUGGAUAUUCUUGUGAUGUUGUCAGGAACAUUCCUAAUGGUCUUCAGGAAUUCUUAGAACCACUUUGCCAAAGAGGCUUUUGUAGACUUACACCUCAUUCACGGUCACCUGGCACUUGGACAAUUUAUUUUGAGAGCGCUGACUACGAAAGUCAUUUUCCACCUGAUACUGAGCUGGCUGAGCCUAAUCGUAAAGAACCAGAAAUAAUUACAGUGACAUUAAAAAAGCAAAAUGGAAUGGGACUAAGCAUUGUAGCUGCUAAGGGUGCGGGACAGGAUAAGCUCGGAAUCUAUGUUAAAUCUGUUGUGAAAGGAGGAGCUGCAGAUUUGGAUGGUCGUUUGGCAGCAGGAGAUCAGUUACUGAGCGUAGAUGGUCGUAGUCUUGUGGGGCUUUCACAAGAAAGGGCUGCAGAACUUAUGACAAGAACAGGUUCUGUGGUCACCUUAGAAAUAGCAAGACAAGGAGCUAUUUACCAUGGUUUGGCCACUCUACUCAACCAACCUUCUCCAAUGAUGCAAAGAGCCUCUGAUCGUCGUGGCACAGGCAAGCCUCGUCCAAAGAGUGAAGGCUUUGAAUUGUACAACAGUAAUCCUCAGAAUGGAACACCUGAAAAUUCCCCGAUGGGCUGGACAGAAUACACAGAACCAAAGAAACCACCAGGGGAUGAAAGACUGUUGAAAAACCGAGCUGAUCAUCGAUCUAGUCCCAAUGUUGCAAACCAACCUCCAAGUCCUGGGACAAAGCCUGUUUAUUCUACUGCACCUACCUCCAAAAUCCAAUCAGUCUCCACUGGGAACCUUUGCGCUGAGGAGCAAGUAUUGCCCACAAGACCUGAAGCCUAUCCAAUUCCCACACAAACAUAUGCCAGAGAAUACUUCACCUUCCCAACUUCCAGAUCCCAGGACAGAGUGAGUCCUGUGCCUGGACAAUGGCAACACUAUGAUGAGAGAACAAUGAUGCAGGAGCAGCCCUUCAGUGCUGCUAUGCAGCGUGGAACUCGUUCACAAGAAGAACUGCACGAGGCGAAAGCUUUCCACCUAGAGAAGGCGCGACAGGAAGAUCUGCUCCACAGAGAUACAGAAUACCAGAAAGACUUGGAUCGGAAAUCAAAUGCGUGGGGUCAUCAAAGUUCCUUGGUGGAUUCUAGUGCAGCCAGUCAAGAGCAGUUGAACUACUCUUCAAAAUCACUCCCAGCAAGUGCAAUUGCUCCUCAUAAAAGUGGGCCUGGGCGCUGGAAAACUCCAGCUCCAAAUCAGGCUACCCCAGUUGCUGUUUCCCAGCCCAUUAGAGUAGAAAAUCAGUUGCCACCACCCCCUCCUCCACCACCAGUACACUAUACAGUUGACUUUGAUAAUACCCACACAGACCUACCGCUACCACCCCCACCACCACCUCCGCCAGCUUCACAAGUAUCAAAUCCAGGCUCUGCAGUUGAUCGUAGGAAACGGGAAGAACAGCAACGUUGGUAUGAAAAAGAAAAAGCACGUUUGGAGGAAGAGCGAGACAGGAAACGCCGUGAGCAGGAUAGGAAAAUUGGCCAGAUGCGUGGCCCGCCACCUUUGCACAUAAAUCCACCUCAACCUGUCCAUGUUUCUUCUGCAAUGCAGCAAACAAGGCCAGAAAAAAUGGCCAGCCUACCGCGACCUCAAGAUACAGUAAUCCGUGAACUUCAGCCUCAGCAGCAGCCUCGCACAAUUGAACGCAGGGACUUGCAAUACAUUACAAUUAGCAAAGAACAGUUGCCUGGGAGUGAUAGCCUUUCACCUGAUCCUUGGAAGCGAGAUGCAAAGGAGAAAAUGGAGAAACAGCAGCAGCAACACCUCUUAGAAAUGCUUAGCAAAGAGAUACAGGAGCUACAGAACAAGCCUGAUCGCACAUCUGAGGAGAAUGACCGUCUUCGUAAACUUAUGCUUGAGUGGCAGUUCCAAAAGCGGUUACAGGAGUCCAAAGAGAAAGAUGAUGAUGAUGAAGAGGAAGAAGAUGAUGAUGUUGAUACAACACUUAUCAUGCAAAGACUGGAAGUGGAAAGAAGGGCAAGGUUGCAAGAUGAAGAACGCAGACGUCAUCAGCAGCUGGAAGAUAUCCGAAAAAGAGAAGCAGAAGAAAGAGCAAGGCAAGAUGAUGAGCGGCAUCGUCAAGAGGAGGAGCAAGCCAGGAGAGAAACUGAUGAAAAGAGAAGACAAGAAGAAGAAUAUUAUACACGUUUGGAGGCCGAAAGGCGUAGACAACAGGAAGAAGCUGAGCGGAAGUUGCUGCAACCUGAUGAACCUGGUCUGUACAGGCCUCCCCUUCCAAGGGACUAUGCUUCUGAAACCCAGCAGUAUGAGUUCCCUCCCCCACCCCAUUCAUCUAACGCUCCUCCCCCUCCUCAGAGAAACAUCUCUUACAUCAAAACACAGAUCGUCUCCCCUGACACAGUUUACACUGCCAAGUUUGUCCCAUACAAUGAUGAGGAUGAGGAAGAUGCAAAUCUUUCAGGUCAGGAUAAGUACUCCAUCACAAGAAAAUCAUAUGGUGAUCUCCCUUCUGCCCCUAAGCAGCCGCCAUUCAUUCGUCAACCCCGCCCGGUGUCAGAUGGCUACUAUCUUUCAAACUCAUUCCGACCACCAUCUGCCAAUGCCAACAGUACUGCUCCAAAAGCUGGUGUGCCCCCUCCCCCUCCAACCAAACCGAGCUUCAUGCCACAGAGUGGUUCAAAAGGAUUUACUCCUUAUGGAGGGUCAACAGCAAGUAGCAUUGGAGCAAAUGAAGUUUACAAAGGCCCAAGAGAGAAGCGCCUUGAGCAGAAUAAAGGCCAAGACCCAGAAGCACCGGUUGUGAAAGGAUCCCCAGAAAAUCUAACAUUUAAAGAACGCCAACGUCUUUUCUCACAUGGACAGGAUAUUUCUAACAAAGUGAAGGCAUCAAGAAAAUUGAUGGAACUAGAAAAUGAACUGAACACAAAAUAAAAUUGGCACCUUAAUAACUUUGUAAUGCAAAGCUCAGUACAAAAUCUAUGCUAGAUUGUACAGUUUAAAUCUUUGGCUCCUGCAACUGCAAACUAGAAUGCAGGAAAAUCUUUCACUAUGGUGAGUUGCAUACCAAGCAUAUUAUAAUUUAGCUAUUCAGAUUGAGCACUGUUAAAUGUUUUUUUAAUAAAAUUAAAUGAAGGUAAUGGUCACUUUUACAAAGAGUUUUGGGGUUCUGAUUUUCUGGCAUAGAGCGCACUACACCUGGAGGUAGUAUAUGGUGAAGCAAAACAGCAUAAUACAGAAUUGUAAACUUGUUAUAACGUAGAAGCUUUUAAAUGUAUUGAAAGAAUCUUUGCUUGUCCAGCGGCUGGUGCCUCAAUUGUUUCAGCUAUGCAUUAGGUGGCUAAUAAUGGGAUGUGUGAACCUCAUUCUAAUUACAAAAAAGAAAAGCUUUCUUCUAUGUGCAUUUUAAUAGAAAUUGUUAUGAUUCCAACCAAAAUUUCCUCUUAGCUAGGCGUUCUGAACUGGAUUUUAAAGUUAUUGAACAAUUCUCUGUAUAAUAUUGUGGUCUAUAAUUGUAUUUAGAGAUAAAUGCACACUUCUAAACAUAGAGUAGACUUCCACUGCCUUAGGAAUGGAAUCACUUUAUACGAAAUGUACAAUAAUUAAAAUGUCUAAUGAAGAUUGGAGUGUAAAUAUUUUUUUUUACUUAUUAAGCUGUUUCAUAUGUGGAACAGAUGAAUGCUGUACCAUUUCAGCUGUGUAGCAAGAAUCAGUAGAGAAAAAGAAAAUGGGAGUAAAACCCCCUCAUGAAGGAAAUGUUUGGAGGUUGCAGUAUGUAAGGUUGGGCUUGACAGAGUUCUGAAUACCAACAGCAUGAUGCAAACAACUGGAACAAAUUAGUGUCAUUUUAUAAAUGAAAAAUAAACUGCUAUUGUUUCUAUUAUGCUGCUGGUAUUCAGAGCUGAUCUUGGAGGAAAACUGGUAUUUUUCAUAGUUUUUCAUGGAUUCUGUGGGUUUACAGAGUUCUUUGUGUGGUUGCCACUAGAGUGCUGUUAUUAAACUGUGUUUACUGAACACCAGAACUGCUGUAGUAUCUUAUUUCUACUGUAUUUCACUUGCAACCUAUUUUUAAUAAAUUACUUUGUAUGUA